AUGAAUCCAACUGAGUCCUCGCCAAUCGAGAAACAUAUUAAGGUUGUCUCGGCAUCGGCUUCCCACUCGGAUGUAUUCAAGAACCAGUACACAUUAUGGCGACCAAGUCUGCGCGGGAUAUUUGGUGGUAUAGCAAUUGCGCAGAGCCUUCGCGCAGCACAACUGACAGUCCCUGAUGGGGUCUACGCGCAUUCAAUGCACUGUUCGUUUGUGUCUGCAGGAAACGGAGAGGAUACUAUCAAUUACCAUGUCGAAAGGAUCCGCGAUGGGAAAAGUUUUUGCUUGAGGCUCGUUCGUGCUAUUCAAAUAAAUCGGACAAUAUUUAUUGCAACAAUCAGUUUUACCUCGCACCAAAUUCUGCCCGAAUCGAAGUUCUUGGAGCAUGCUAUCAAUAUACCGAAUAUUGAGCUCCCGAGUCGUUCAAAAUCACCCAGAGCCAGCGGUAAUUCUGGAAUUGUACUCGAGGCCCCUUUCAUCAACAAAAGUGCUGGUAUUUUGAAAGGAAAAAAUCACAAUCCGUCGGAUAAGCGCAUUCAUCAAUGGAUUCGAGCACGGGGUGCCAUUGAUGCCCCAGCCGGUGACCCUGUCCACCUCGCUGCAUUGGCAUUCAUGUCAGAUAGUUAUCUGCUCGCAGCAGUGCCACAUUGUCACCAAACAUGGCUGUUUGAAGAUCCACCUGUCACUGAGUUCUACUCUACCAAAGAAGACUUAUUCACGUCCCCCAAAUCCCAUACGCCUAUUCUACGACCGCAUCUUGAAAGCUCAACCCAGAUCGAAGGCGAACUUGGUUCAAAGGUCACAAUGAUGGUGAGCCUGGACCAUAUCAUUUAUUUUCACAAUGUCAAAUGCCUCAAGGCCGAUGAGUGGCUUUUGACCGAGGUACAGACAAGCUGGUCCGGAAACGCGAGGGGGUUGAUUCAUCAAAAGAUAUGGGCAGGAGGAGAUGGAACCCUUCUUGCAACCUGCAUCCAGGAGGGUAUCAUCCGCUUAGAUAAAGAUCAAGAUAAGUCCCUUUCAAAAACUUGCAUCCUCAAUCUCCUGAGCUACAACUUUCUGAGCCAUUUUGUGAUUGAGCCUAUUUAG